UUAAUAUCAUUUAUACAUGCUAAGGAGUAAAUUAAAAUACAUCUUGAAUUAUGUAGCAUAUAUUAAAUGCUUAUUAUAGUCCCUAUCAAAGGGUUUCAUAACAGAGUGAGGGCGCAGGGUUAUGGAGGUGAAAGGUCACGCGCAGUGAUUUUACUAUAUAUACCUAUUACACGGUAACAGUAGCUACCCAGCCACUGAAACAGACUGCAUCACUAAUGGACACAAGUCAAGGCUCCACCGGACCUAUCCGGAGAUCUCGCAGAAGGGCGGCGGUUAACCAUAGCAUUAUAUCUAGGCCACAUACCCAGUCAGGGAGGAAUGUCACUGACGUAACAACAGCAGCAAAUGUUACUGCGGCAGCUGUUGUAGCAGCACCCAAUUUUCCAUCAACAAAGGACAUUGCUGCUGAACUUUUGUCUCAGAUGAUAGCGAAGGGCAUCGCUAUUCAGCAACCCACUUUGGGUUCAACUAAUGCAUCAUCUGACCAAACAAUGCCCCACUCAAGUCAGCAGAGGCAGUCUGGGUUAGUCACAGACCCAAUAGCAGUGAUGGCAGGCCAGGAUAACCUGCCUAUUAAUGCACCAGCAGCGGCAGUAGGAUCUGCCUUUUCAACAACACCAGCAGCGGCAGCUGGAUCAGCAUUGCAAACAGCAACGGGCCCACAAACAGGAUCAUCGACGUAUGACAAUUCCAUCCAGUCGCCCAUCAAUCAUGUAGUUAAUAGCUUGACAGGUAUUGCAAGUGUUCCAAAAUCGUACAGCAGCAUUUCCCGACCCCUUGACGUACAUAUUGAUGCUAAAGUAAAAGCAAAAAUAAUGAGUCACGAAUUCAUUGAAUUCGGAUCAUUAUUAUCGACAUCAUCGCAUCCCGAUCAGUUCCGUAUUCAAUUGAAUGGGGAUAAUAUUUCGUUAGUCCCCAACACAAAAACCUUUCAAAUUAAAAGUAUUGAACAAUGGGUGCAAGCAUUUCAUGUUUUUGUUUCGGUAUACAUUCAGGCUCACCCAUCCAAAACUGUCAAUCUCAUGAAGUAUGCUGAUACAAUUCAGACAUUAGCCAGACGCUCGGGAUUUGCUGCUGCUAUGUUUUACGAUACUAAUUUUCGGAAGUGGCUACAGGUCAACUCCGUCAUGCCUUGGGAUGAGCUCAAUAAUGAGUUGUAUAUGCAUGCUUUAGGAAUAGGUUUAAGGUCAUCUCAGAAAGGGAAUGCCCAGCAGUCCUUUCCAGGUAACAAACCCAACAAAUUCCCAAAGGGUAAAUGUUGGGACUUCCUCAAGACUGGAUCAUGUUCCCGGGGGGCACAAUGCAAAUUCACACACACAUGUCCCAAAUGUGGAGGACAACACAGCUUGCAACAAUGUAAAAAGAAUGAUUCGCAAGGGGCAGGGGCAAAACCAGCACCCUCCCAAUCCUCAAAUAAAUCGUAA